AUGCCGACACCGGAGCAAACCUCAGAAAUGAGCAACAUUCACAUACCCAAUGAAGACAAGGCCUUGCAAAGCAUUGAUCGAACAAAAUACUCUGCAGGUGAUGUCUUGAAGGAGGUCUGGACCGGUAUUGAUCUGCCCGAAACCGCUUUGACAGCUAUAAGGCUUCCUGGCGAAGAAGGUCCGGCUAUUCCAUCGUCAUUCAAGAUCGGAAUCCUCGGACAAGCCUCUAUCGGUCUAUCUGCACUGGCGGCUGCUCAGAUUCAUGCACUACGGAAUAGAACCCCCGUUCGUACAGUCACGGUGCCGCUUGAACAUGCAGUCGUGGAGUACACAUGUGAAAGACUGUAUACGGUUUCCGGCGAGCUUGCUUCCCCAGCAGGGGCCGCUAUCGGUGGAUUGCAUAAAACCUCGGAUGGCUACGUUCGGAUCCAUGACGGGUUUCCAAACCAUGUUCAAGGGACCCUUGACUUGCUUGGCUUGAAGUCGGGUGCGACUCGACAACAGGUGUCUGAGCAGACUGCGGAUUGGGCGAGCAUUGACUUGGAGAACUGCGGAACAGCAGAGGGUGAAGUCGCGAUUUAUGCUCUGCGCUCAUAUCGUCAGUGGGAUAAGCUCCCUCAGUCGAGGGCCAUCAGCAACUUUCCUAUUAGCCUCAAGCAGCUGUCCAAGUCACCUCCUACUGGCAUGCCAAGUAGGAUGCAGCCUGGGAAUCUCAAGUGCCUACAAGGUCUUCGGGUUGUUGAAAUGAGUCGGGUGAUUGCUGCUCCGUUAUGCGGCAAGACCUUGGCGGCCCAUGGAGCUGAGGUCAUUUGGGUGACUUCACCAACGCUUCCAGAUCUGCCGAGGGUCGAUCGGGAGUUUGGACGCGGCAAAAAGACUGUCCAACUCGACAUACACAACUCUGAGGAUCGGAAGCAGCUUCUCAGCCUUCUUAAGGACUGCGAUGUGUUCAUUCAAGGUUACCGGCCUGGGAGUCUUGCUUCAUAUGGUCUAUCUCAAGAUGAAUUGAGAAAGAUCAACCCAAACAUCGUCGUAGCCAACAUGUCUGCUUUUGGUCCUGAGGGUCCAUGGUCAGGCCGUCGUGGAUUUGACUCGCUUGUGCAGACAUGCUCAGGUAUGAAUGUCUCUGAAGCUGAACACGCUGGAAAGGGAGAACCUGCUCGGCCGACACCUUGUCAAGCCCUCGACCAUUCAGGCGGAUACAUGCUUGCAGUUGGCGUCAUGGCUGCUCUCUAUCAUCGUGCCGUCAACGGCGGUUCGUGGAGGGUAGAUGUUUCGUUGGCGGGCAUGAUGAAGUAUUUGAGGAGCCUGGGACAAUAUCCUGGCGCCAGUGGGUUUCAAGCGAAGGACUUUGAUAAGCCUGAAGACGUGCCUGGGGAGUAUUUUGAGGUCCAGGAGACAGUGUUCGGCACCAUGAAGUCCAUCAGGCAUAGUGCCACUAUUGAGGGUCUAGGGGUUGGCUGGGAAAUUAUGCCAAAGCCACUUGGCUCAGAUAAGCCGGCAUGGGAUUAG